CAACAACAUUUGCUGAAAAUGCACUUUCGGAUGAGAUGAUCUAUGAACAAGAUGGCACCUAUAUUCGAUAUAUGGUUCCACGUACAAUAUUAACAAUAACAUUCAGUGAACAGCCAUUUUUUCUUCAGAAUAAUCAAAAACCUGUCGUUCGUAUUGCCGAACUUGCCUUUCAUACUUUACUUUUCUGUACUCUUGUCAUCGAAUUAUUUGCCUUGACUUUUCUCGUCUUAAAAUUAAUCAAUUAUUGGAAACAAGAUAAUGAUGAAUUUAGUCAAAUAAAGAAAUUCAAAAUUUCUAAUCCAGGUGAUCAUACAUCUCAAAAUCAAUAUGGAUUUUCUAAUGAAAAACCAUGUGUACUUGUUAAAAUGAAUAAAUCAGGUUAUUUAUCACAAGAUGAAGAUGCAUUUAAAUCUGCUCGAUGUCGAUCUCGUUCUAAUGCUAUUACUGUUCAUUGUUAUGGAGAAUAUCCGGCUCAUACUGAUAAUAUUAAGAAUAUAACUUAUAUAUCUGAGAAUGGUCAUGAUAAUAACUGGGGUGUACAUGAUACCAAAUGGUUUCCUUAUGAUAUUAUUCAAAUAUUAAUUAAUAAUAAUCAAACUAUUUCUGAAUGA